CCGCAGCGCUCCUUCCCCACCGUGCCCCAGAUAUCCCUCACAGAUCACACAUGGCAUCUCGGCGUCAUCGGUUCCAUCUACGGCUAUACCCCGACUGUACACGUCAUUUACACGUGCACACCACGCUAGUGAUACCACAGCCCUCCCCCCCCGGGCCCGAGGUUAGUAGCCAAAGAUCGGACCGACCGCGGCAACGACGGAUCAACGAAUGAGUACGUCACACCGAGGACAUUGAGCCAGUUCCGCACCGAGGAGGGAUAGACAUAGAGUCAUCAUCAUCGUAGCACUCACACCACUCGACCUUGCUCUCUCCUCACUCUUCACCACCAUGUCCUCUCCCAACACCGUCAAAGGCGGCGGCUUCUACCCAUACCCCUACACCACAAGCCUGGGCUAUACAAACCCAAGGGCUCAGCGCGUAGCCACUCUGCCGCCCACUCCGAGUUUCGAAGAACAUCCCUCCCCCCUUCAUGAGCCCCACACUUUUGUGCGCCACCGUCCGCGCAGGGCCAUGUCGGUCGAGCGCAUGCAAUCGAUCAUUUCGGCCAAAGAGCGUAGUGUGACUGACUUUGUUGGCGUACCAAUCUCACCAGAAGAGAUCAAGCGACAGCCGAGGAAGCUUCGCAAAUACUACGAACAUCUCGAUGCUAUACAUGACCAUUACGAGGAGGUGGAAGGACUGCUGUCGGGCGAACUUCCUUCCAUUAUUGUGAGCUCGUUUCUCAACGAGCCCCACCGCAGCGACUCGGAUCCACAUAGAAACCGCUCAACCACCUCCCUUGGCGGUCUGAACGGGCAGCACUCGCAUGCUGGGUCUCGCGCGGCAUCACCCCACCCUCACUGGAACUUGCGAUCUCUCAGACACUGGACUCCCAUAGACGAGGGAUUCGUGGGAACGAACGGGGACGAAGAAGCCGCUACCGAGCGGACGCCCCUUGUACUCGGAGCGAGGGAAGCGGAGCGGGAACGCAUCGUGACGCUGGCCAUCAACAUCAACACUGUCGUCAACUUUCUUCUCGUGGGCGCCAAGGUCGUGGCGGUGUACUACUCGUCCUCGAUCUCGCUCAUCGCGUCCCUUGUUGAUUCAGCGCUCGACUUGCUGUCCACAUUCAUCAUUGUUGGGACGAACUGGGCCAUCGGAGUGCCGACAGACAGGCAUUUGUACCCGGCUGGGAAGAGGAGGUUUGAGCCCCUCGGUGUGCUCAUCUUCUCGGUCGUCAUGAUCAUCUCGUUUAUCCAGGUAUUCAUCGAGUCAUUGCAACGUUUGCACCGCGCAAUUCGCGGAGACACUACUCCUGUUGAUCUGAGUAUGGUCGGCAUCGCCACAAUGCUGGCUACUAUCGGUGUGAAGGCUGUGCUCUGGGUGUGGUGCUCCAACAUCCCCUCAUCUUCGGUCCAAGCUCUGGCUCAAGACGCAGAGAACGAUGUUUGGCUGAACGUGAUCUCUUUGUCCUUUCCGUACAUUGGGCACCGGCUUGGGUCAAACUUGCUCGAUCCCAUCGGUGGUCUGUGCCUCUCGGCUUACAUCGUCAUUGAGUGGAUCAAGACGUUGCUACAGAACUUUGCCAACCUGUCCGGAAAGAGGGCCGCCUCUGAACAGUACACGCGUGUGCUUUACAUGGUGUCGCGCUUCAAUCCGGUCCUUGAGAUCUCGGACAUUGAAGUGUAUCACAUUGGUGACGACCUUGUUGUUGAAGUAGACGUGAUUUUGCCCCGCAAGACCACACUCCGUUUCGCUCAUGACAUUGGCGAAACUAUCCAAUGCAUGCUGGAGAAUCUUGACGGUGUGCUUCGUGCCUAUGUUCACACUGACUACUCGUCCUCCAAUCCGUCUCAACACACGGCCCGCCAUAAGGAUGGCCCCAAUCCGGUUCCCCUCCGAGCUCCGUCACCAGAGGAGGAGUCUCCCUCCAUGUCAGGAUCUGCAACGCCGAGAGCCUCUGAUGGCUUUCCCUUCCCCGCGCGGGGACGUGAAGUUGAGCGGAGAUGAGGACGAGGUUGAGGAGGGAUGAGAACCAGGAAACAGGAAACAGGAAACAGGAAACGAAAGGGGUUGGGCAUUGCACCCGACGCCAUUGCGCACGGACCCCCCGGCGACGAGACGCCAACAUUACUCCACCGCUCGCCGGAUACGUACCCUCGAUUAAUCGGUUUGGGGGCUUGGGGAUGCGGAAAACCAUGUGGGAUGUGAUUCUGGCAUGGACUCUGGGCGCACUCGCAACCCUUGUCCGGUCUUGCGGCGCUGCAUCGUGGGCGACUGAUGUUUGGUUGGGAUGAGCGGGAUGCGCGAUGAGUGUGUGUGAGAGAGAGA